AUGGUCUCCCCUCUUCUUCGUCCUCUGCUCUUCAUCACCCUCACACCUCCCUGUGUCCUUCGCACACUUCCACACCUCUUCAUCGCCCCGGAGCACUGUCGACCUCCGCCCCUCGUGAGCUCUGAUUGUCUUCCGGAGGUGGAGCCGUCACUGCCUCCAAAGGUCAUCUCUCUGGUGGGCCGGAGGAAAGAUACAAGACUAGAUUUUAGCAACAACCCGGGGCCCCCGUGUGAGGAGCUGCAGAUCCACGUCAACACCACUGUGACGUCCGCAAUGGCCCCCAGAGGACUGCCUUCUCCCAGAUCCUGUGUUUGGGGGUGGCUCUGUAAGCUCUCGGCCUCUCGUCUCGGUGAUGGAUUCCCCGGUCGCCGUGGGAGACGGUGGAAGCUCCGAGCAGAGGCCCUCACUCCGCCCCCGUCCUGCGGCUCUUCGUUCAGGGGCCAUUUGUCUGCGCUAUAG